CAUGAGUUAAGUACCAGGGUAGUGACCAUUCAUGCAGACGAGCACAGUCGUACUCCCAACAAGGCCUUCAUACACGGUUGCAUCGCUUUUCAAAAAUUCAACUUUUUUUCAUUCCUUACUUAUUCAAACCCAAAAAUUACCCUUUAGCAAAUGUCGAUGCUGAAAAAGCAAAUUGUUUCCAAGGUAACUAUGAUAGGAUCAGGACAAGCCGGCAAGACGAGCAUUCUUUUACGCCUGAUAGACGACACGUUCAACAAGGACUGCGAGCCUACAAUAUUCGAGAACAAGAUGAUAACGAUUGUAGUCGAGCAGAUUCCCAUUUCCUUACAUAUAUGGGAUACAGCAGGUCAGGAGGACUUUAAUUCCAUCAUACCGCUCACAUACGAAAGCACAGAAAUUGCCAUCAUUUGCUACUCCGUGGAUGACUCCUAUUCGUAUGAGGCUGUUACCGAAAAGUGGGAAAAUGAGGUGCGGUACUACAGCGAAAACGUGGAAAUUGUGCUGGUAGCAACCAAGACUGACCUGAGGAGUGAUGGUAGGGUGAGCUGUCUUGAAAAUGAGGACGGCAAGCGAUUAGCGAAGCAGAUAAAUGCUAUAGCAUUUUUUGAGUGCAGUGCCAAGGAUAGUAUUGGUGUUUCGGAGAUUUUUAACUUUGUUGCCAAACACAUAUACGCGAAGAAAGUAGUUGAACAGCCUGCUAAGAAUAAAAAGAAGAAGGGAUUCUUCAGCUCGCUGUUCCAAAGGUGCUGUUGAUAUACCGCGCAUUUUGGUACACAGGUGCGAAUUCCAAGUAAUUAAAAUCAUCUGAAA